AUGGCCACCAAGGGGAAGGGGAAUCCUUCAACCGACACGAUGGAGUCUAGCAAUGAAAAGACUUCAAAAAGACGACACCGUGCAUCGGUAGCGUGUGUCGCCUGCCGAGAGAGAAGGACGAGAUGCGUGGUUCAAAACGGAGAGACAUCGUGUUCGUCUUGCUUGGAGCUCAAACAAGAUUGUGUGAUUAAAGAUGAUGACCAGAGGAGAAAACCUGUUUCAAAGGCAUAUGUCAAUUUGCUAGAGGACCGAAUCAAUCAACUGGAAGCUGCGCUACGCGGCAAAGAGAGACAUGGUUCGGCUGAGAUACAAAAUUUCGCUGAUGAGAUUUCAAGUGGGAAUGAUUUCUCAGCGGGGUAUUUUGAGGCAGAGACCGACUUCGAUUCCGGAAAUCUUUCAUUACCGACCUUCUCAGUACCAGAUCCUGUACCAGAGCCAGAGCCAGAGCCAGAGCCAGAAAGCGUCCCUCAACAUGUCCCAGAGCCUAUGCCAAACCCUAUCCCAGAGGCUCUACCCGAGCCGCAUCUCCCUCGAACGAACAGUGUUUCUGAUAGAGACUCCAACAGUCCUCCUGAUGGUUCAAUUCGCAAGCCAAGCCCGGUUAGCAGGAGAUCUCCUACGAUCCAUAAACUUCUGUCUACCAGAGGCCAUCUCAGCUUCGAUCAACUCGCCGGUCGUCUCCGCUACUUUGGACCGACAAGAAAUUGCCAUGUAUUGUCCGUGACACAACUUCCAGAAGAGAGCCUGAGGCAUGCCCAGACUCGGGAAAGACGAACCCAGCGGGUGUUGUCAACCCUGUCAGAAGAAUCGCAUGAUUAUUUGAUGGGUAUAUUUUGGCAGUACUACAACUCUGUCAUUCAUGUUAUCGACCGAGAAGCGUUUGAGGAGGGAAGAGAUACUGGUGCUGGACCCUUUUACUCCGGGUUCCUCCAUAUCUGUGUCUUGGCAGCUGGUUACCGAUUUGCAGAUAAACAGCAACCGGACAUGCUUAGCCUUACGCUUCCUGAUAGAGAGAGUAUACUCCAUCGAGAAGCUAAGUAUAUGUUAGACUAUGAGAUGGAGCGACCAGGAGGAAUUCCGUUCAUUGGAGCGUUACUUCUACUCGGAGACCUGGAAGUUGGCUGUGGUCGAGAUAAUGUUGGCUGGCUGUAUUCUGGAAUGGCGUGUCGGCUGUGUUUCGAUAUCGGUCUGCACCUAGAUCGCUCCAAUUCUGGGCUCCCGGAAAAGGACAUUGAGAUUGGCCGUUUGACACUAUGGGCCUGUGUUGUGUAUGAUCGCUACUGGGCACUGUUUCUUGGUAGACCGACCGCACUGAAACCAGAGGAUCUAGAGAUAUACGACCUUUCCGAGAGAUUUGACCGGCUGGAAACUGGCCAAAUAGAGGGUGCAGAAAGGAAUAUCGAGACACAAAUCUACCAAGCACUGAUAGAAGUGAUGGAGCUUGCCGGCAAAAUUACCGAAAUCAUGGACAAGGUCUCAAGUCGAAGUGCCAACCUGGACCGAAUGCUUUAUCUUCGAAUGUCUGCUCUUGAUCGAGAGCUCGAGAAUUUGUAUAAAUGCCUACCGCCGCCGCUUCAAUACACCGCCGACAAUGUCCAAACAGCCCCAUUUUCUUUUUUCCUUCUCCAUCAGCAAUACUACUCGGCCACUAUACUACUUCAUCGCCAAUUCGCUCGCUAUGAUGAUAUUGUGGACAGUGGCGAGGAGGAGUCGGAGAAACCUGCUGAAUCCAUAAUUGACGCCAGCCACCUCUCAACAUUCUCCCGCGAGACAUGCACUAAAUGCGCGGGAAGAAUUGCACAGAUAUUCUGGCAGCAUCGACAACGAUUUGACACAAGAAAGAUCUUUGUAACAGGCCUACAGCACGCGGGAAAUGCGGCUACUGCGCUAGUGGCUGCCAUUUCCUCUUCCACGGACCGGGCUUCGAAAGACAAGAAUAUGAGAUACCUGGAAUGUAUCACGUUGGCAUUAAAAGAUAUGUCAGAGACCUAUCAGCCAGCAGAGCAGAUGGCAACUAUUCUGAAAGUCGUUCUCCUAGAGCUCAAAGAUCUUCAUUCCAAUCAUCAUCCGGUUAGUGUGGUUCCUGCCAGGCGAGGUAGCUCUGCAGAUCGAGAAGACGAGCCUGGCUUUAUACCUUCCAAGAGAGGACCAUCAUCCAGGCGAGCAAGGCUUACUGAAACUUCAUUGAUCCCAGUGAACUUUGUCGAUCACCAAUCUAAAAAUUCGCCCAACAAUCUGCUCUCGAUAUCUGCUCGUACACCACAACGAACUUAUGAGAAACAUCCGGGGUACAAUAUUGCCAAUGAAGAUUUUAUAGUCGUUGACAGCGAAUUGGCUACAAUUGAAGGCGCCUGGCCUAUAUUUAAUGGUACUGAGCCAUUAACAAUGGAUGAAGACAUGGAAAAUCACAUCUCACCCUGUGCAUUUCGAUCUGUCUGGGCGGGAGCCGACACGCCCUGCUUCACGCCACCCAACGUACCAAAUAUGAACCAGAGCUUUAUGCCCAUCGUAGAGGAUUCCGAAGAGGCAGCCACUGGUAAAGACAUGGGAGGGAUCGAGGCCACAGAGAGUUUCAGGGAUGGCAUUCCAAUGCCCGGCGGUGGUAUAAGCAUGGAAAUCACUGGACUAGAACAUUCUCCUCGUCAAUCUGACUCUCGUGACAAUAUAAUUCACGGGUACAAGCCCGCAGGCAAUUCUGCUGGGAAAAAUACAAUGCACAGGCGAGACAUGAUGAGACUCGAUGAUAUAUGGACAGAGAUCAUAAGUUGA